AUGUAUUUAGAUUUGUGCAAAAAAGUGUGUGAAAAAUACGUCGAGUUAGGGAAGUCCAAUUUAGUUUGGAAGGCUUUACCUUUUUUCAUCCGUCCUGUGCUUAAUUUAGUUAUACAAUCUUCAAAAUUUGUAAGCAGACUUCAAACAAAUGAGAACGAGGAACAAGUACUAUCAUGGGUAGUAGACGAUGUCGCUGCCUGGAUUGAAAAGAAUGGCUUCUCUUGGUGCAAACAGGCGUUUAUUGACAGUCAAGUGGAUGGAGACCUCCUCCUUCAACUGGACGAGAAAUCCCUCAUGGAAAGCAUUGGUAUGAACAAUGGCAUUCUUAGAAAAAGAUUCAUGCGGUUGUUGAAUCAUUUAAAAUGUUAUGCAGACUAUUCGUUAAUAGAUGAAUCGGGAAUAAACGACUUUUUGAAGAGACUGGAACCCGAGUACUGCCAGUACACGUACCGGAUGCUGUUAAGUGGCAUACGCUACGAGGAUAUUAAAUAUCUCACAUCUGAAAUCUUGGAAAAGGAAUGUGGUAUAUCGAACAGUAUACAUCGGGCGAAGAUUCUUCACAAGGCCAAAGUUGAAAGUCAUCUGUCCAAUAGCGCAGAGGCAGAAACUAGUAAUCGUUCCGAAACCCAGGAUUUCGACGCAUUCAUCAGUUACAGAAGAUCCUCUGGUUCACAUUUAGCCAGCUUACUAUAUACUUACCUCAAGGCACGUGGUCUUUCUGUGUAUUUGGACGUUGACAUUCUUAAAAACGGAAGAUUCGACCUCCAUAUUCUGGACAGCAUUAGCAGAGCGAAGAAUUUCAUUUUGGUUUUGACCCACGACGCUUUAGAUCGAUGUCUCAACGAUGAUAAAUGCGAAGAUUGGGUUCAUAAGGAAAUCGUGGAGGCCGUGAAGAAUGAAUGCAACAUCAUCCCUGUCUUCGAUAAUUUUCGUUGGCCAGCUGAAAAUGCUUUGCCUGAAGACAUACAGUUGAUAUCCCUCUGCAAUGGGGUCCGAUGGAAUCACGAUUUUCAAGAGCCAACCAUUGAUAAAAUACAAGAGUUCAUGGUGGACGAACUCUCAUCGUGGAAUGAAUUGAAGUUCCGUCAAAAGGCGUCUCGAUCAUCAGAAUGCGAGUUGGAAUUUUCAUCGGAAGCCAUCUCUUGUUUUCGGCAUAAACACCAGACCUCACGUUCGAUGCAUUGUCGCUAG